AGUCGUCUUUAUCUUUGCUCAAAUUAGCACAAGACCAAUAUACCUCGAUCUCGAUAAGCAUCGAGUAUUGAAACCAUAUUUCUGUGGCAUCGUUCACUGUGCUGUGGUGCAUGAAUGACGCCAACGGAUCGGGGCAUUUACCAGGCCAGCCACUGGGAAACUACCCCAUUGAGGCGAUCUGGCGACAAGCCCGCAAUCUGAGCACCUGCUUGGGGAAAACACGUUGUCGGGAACUGCCAUAAAUUACGGGUGCCAUCACGGCGAGAGCUCAGUCUCGUUUUACCGUCAGACGCGCAAAGAUUGCUUAUAAUAAUAAAGAACAAAAAAUAAAAAGUAUCAGUAUGGAGAUCUCCAUUGGAUUUGGAUCCCUGAACAGUGCUCUCAGAGCUCUUAUUUUCGGCAGUCUACUGCUCCUGAUGACCGCCAUUUACCGCGAUGACGACGACUCCGGCUCCCACUAUAUUCAUCCCCGGCACGCCAUGCAGCAUGGCUAACUGCUCCUCCUACUCCACCAGCUACACUCUCCUGAGAGUUAGUUCUAAGUCUAGUCCGUUGCAGCCAAGUGGCUCGGCAAUGAGUGCGCUGCGUCGCCAAAAAACCUGUUUGCACGCGGUGCCGGUUCGACGACAUAUCGAGCACUAACUGCAAAAAUAACGUAAGCCGCAUUCUCUUCACGCCAAGAGGAUUAAUUAGGAAGCGCCCCCCCCCAAUGGAUCGCCUUCAGAAAUCGUGUAUCUGAAAUGGCAUCUAAAUUAGUGAAGUGCAUAUAUCAAAUAUUAAGCCAAAAUGUGUUUUAUUGUAAUAAAGUGCAACAAAUAAAAUUAUGUUUGCUAUAACAAUUAA